CUAUGGAUCAAUCGUGAAUCGUAUCAGACGGUCAGACCUUUCUUCGCCUUUGGACCUGUGAAUCUGCGGUUGAUUUCCUGCCUAGAUUCUGCCUUCUGGAAAUGUAUACGUUCUGAAGCGUUCUCUUCGUCGCCCUGUUCGGCUCUUCAAAUGCUACUGGUCGUCUGGUCCAGAAUUCCAGUAUUCGACUUAUUCUGCAGAAAAAAUAGAUAAAACACUAUUGUACAGCUUGUAAUCUCCAUAACCCGUCCUGGAGCUUUCAAUGGCAUGUCUGAGCUUAUCUGGAAGUCUCCUAUUCAAUCAAAAGCCUUAUAGCACCAAUUACCGCCCGCCACACUCCUUAAUUAGAUGUAAUGUGGCGGAGUCAUUGAAGUUUGAUGGUAAUGGGAGACCAUGUGUGCCUGUACAGAUGAACAACGAGGCAACAUUUUCUAGCUUCCUAACAUCUAAACAAUACCCAAGACUACCUAUCCCUCAAAAUCAGAGCGAUACUAGAAUCCGAAUUUUCUCGGGGACUGCUAAUCCUGCGCUUUCUCAUGAAAUUGCUUGCUACAUGGGACUCGAACUGGGGAAGAUCAAGAUUAAACGCUUUGCAGAUGGUGAAAUAUAUGUCCAGUUACAAGAAAGUGUCAGAGGUUGUGAUGUAUAUCUCGUGCAGCCCACUUGUCCCCCUGCCAAUGAAAAUCUCAUGGAACUCUUGAUAAUGAUUGACGCAUGUCUCAGAGCUUCCGCGAAGCAUAUUACUGCAGUAAUCCCCUACUUUGGUUAUGCUCGAGCCGAUAGAAAGACACAAGGCCGUGAAUCCAUUGCAGCCAAACUGGUUGCAAAUCUGAUUACUCAAGCAGGUGCUCAUCGUGUUCUUGCAUGUGAUCUUCAUUCUGGUCAGUCUAUUGGCUAUUUUGACAUUCCAGUGGACCAUGUACACGGUCAGCCUGUUAUACUUGAUUAUCUAGCCAGCAAGACAAUCUGUUCAGAUGACUUGGUCGUGGUUUCACCGGAUGUGGGUGGAGUUGCAAGGGCAAGAGCUUUUGCUAAAAAGUUGUCCGAUGCACCUCUAGCCAUUGUGGAUAAAAGGCGUCAUGCUCACAAUGUUGCAGAGGUUAUGAAUUUGAUUGGCGACGUCAGGGGAAAAGUAGCAGUAAUGGUUGAUGACAUGAUUGAUACAGCUGGUACUAUUGCAAAAGGAGCUGAACUGUUACAUCAAGAGGGAGCAAGAGAAGUUUACGCGUGCUGCACCCAUGCGGUUCUCAGUCCACCUGCAAUAGAGAGGUUAUCUAGUGGACUCUUUCAAGAGGUAAUCGUCACCAAUACUAUACCUGUUUCGGAACAGAAUUACUUUCCCGAGCUAACAGUGCUGUCUGUCGCCAACCUCCUCGGGGAAACCAUAUGGCGUCUCCACGACGAUUGCUCACGUGGAUUUGAGCCUUACUCAAGCCUGGGCAUUGAUUGACUCCACAGCUCCCGCUGAAGAUGCUCCAAGAUUUUUGGAGACAUGCAUAAACCAACCAUAAUUUGCACCCUGAACCAAAGCAAUGCUUACUUCUUUUUGUUCGGUAAACACCCCUCCUAGAUUAGCAAUGUUGGUUGUAAACGGGUUGACUUCUCUGUCCCCCUUUUAGCUUUUGUUAUAUGUUUUGCAAAACUAGACCAAUAGUGUGUACUACGCAGUACUUUAUGGACAAACUCGUGCAUAUAUUGUGUGAGAUUGUGAGGACAAGUUUGGUGUUGUAACAUGAUCGAAAAUUGUUAUUCCCCUUUGUUUGAGAAAACAAAGACCAAGUGCUUGUACUAUGGGGAAAUAAGAAAUACGGAGUAUGGCA